AUGGAUUACGACGAAUACAUCAGAGAAGCCCUCGCGGACGGCGUCACGCAGGAGGCUGCCGAGCUCGAGCUCGCCGAAACUGUCCACGCGCACAUGAAUGAGCUCGCCAAGAAUGCCACGGCACAAUACGAAAUGGCCUUGGAAGAGCGUUGCCGGCAACAGGGGCAGCGCUUCGUCGAGAAUCGUCCUGCGGCCGAGGGGUUCCCACUCGAGCUCUUCACAGCAAACAUCAAGGCCAACAAGCUGGACGACAACAAGUGGGUUGCCACCAUCAAGGACUAUCUGCUGCGACACAUGCCCCCGGCCACUCAUGAUGUGCCCCCUCCCCCGGCGGAGGGCGACAGCGAGAGCCACCAGAUCAUGCACCGCGUCGUUUCCAUCGACAAGGAAAUCGACAAGACUCAGCCUCUGAAGAAGAACAUCCCCGAGGACGCACAGCUGUUUGUACCGCUGAUACCCGUUGCAUACUUCAUCGGUGUAGCCGUCGCAGGGCUCGUGACCCAGACAGUGGGAGGCAUUGCAUACGCCCGCUACCAGCAGAGCAAGAGGCGACCACCGGCGGUCCAGCCUCCCAUCGUCAUCCUGCCGCCGCAGACGACUCCAGGGCAGCCAGCUCGUCCGGGCCAGCCUGGAGAUCCGCCUCCGCCCCCGCAUCCUCCGCAGCCCGAGGAGAGGGAUCGCGAGAGGAAGCGCAAGCGCGAUCGCAAGAGGGGCAGAGACGUCGUGCGGAAAGCUCGGUCGGACUGCUUCUUUGGCUAUGUUGACCGGAUCGACAAGCUGAAGCAUGGAUACGAGGUCCGUGUUGAGGCGAUCACGGAGAAUUCCCUCUCAGACGAGCUCUUCAUCCGCGCCGUCGAGAAGAUGUCUGUGGCAGCGGGGUCCCCUGGAUUUGGUCGAUAUCGCCUUGCCUUGGUUUGGAUCUACUUGCAUGCUGUGCCUCCGGGCGUCACCGAGGGGACCUGGAUCAACUUCAAGCUCAACCAGCAGAACAAGCAGCUGGUCACAAAGCAAAACUUUAACCUUGAGCAGCCGUUCAAAGAUGGCAUGACAAGGUUGGAGCUGCUCGAGCCGCGGUUGAGCUUCAGAAUGUUCCGCUUCGAGUCGUACUUUGAAGACAACCAUGGCUACGUCGUCCAGACCGAGGUGCAGACGAUCAGCAAAGACAUUGCUGCCAGUGUCGUCACAACACUGCAGCAGGCCUUUGGGAGCUUCAAUGCUGUUGGGGAAGCCGUCCGGGAUCUUGUUCAGAAGAUUGUCCAUUCCGACACUUCCGGCAAGGGGUAUCUGCAGCACCUUGACGACGACGACAACAAGACGACGGAGUCUGAAGUUCAACCUCCAAAGCCUGCGGCACCCAUGGUAUCAGCUGCCAAAGUUCCAUUCUUUUCUCCAGCGACGGUGGAUGAUAUUCUGGGCGCUCUUCUGCCCAACAAGGCGGAUAUCAUUGCGUAUCAUGUGUAUGAUGUCGGACAGGGCCAUAGUGCGCGUGCCUUUGACAAGUACGGGGCAGCCUUUGCCAACGACUUCGGCUACGGUAAGCUGGACGACGAGGACAAAAAGGUCUGCUACCACAUGAUCCGCGGCCAAGCAGCCGUUCCCAUCCUGCUCUCCCACUGGGACGCCGACCACUAUCGCAUCGGAAAGAGCAGUCACGCAAAGGACUUUUCGGGCUCAGCAGACGACAUCACGUUGCGACCAUGGAUCGCCCCUGGCCGGAGCCACAUCACGGGGACCGUCUCCAACGAGACGGCGUGGCUGAUCCAGCAGAACGGGAAUCUCCAUCAGUGGACGGAUAGUGUCGACUACGUCCAGAUGAAGAACGUGACCGUUGUUCGCUGCAUGCGCAACAACCAGUUCAACUACCCGGACAAGAACAACUUCGGCGCUCUGGCGCUGUUCGUCGGCAAGGGAGACAACCUGCUGCUCUUCCCGGGCGAUGCCAACUUUGAGUCUAUUCCGGAAAUCAGCUCCGCCGACGGCCUCGUGCGCUCCGUGAUUGCGACUCACCACGGCAGCACGAGAUCGCUCGGCACGGGCACCAAGAUGGGCGCCAGCAUCCCAAAAGCAAGCAGCUCGGGGGAGACGUACGCCGUCUUCUCGUACUCGCAGGGCAACAGCUAUGGCCACGACAUCGCCAACGCCUAUCCGUACUACGAGAAGAAGGGCUACGGCGAGCCAGAAACCACGGCACGCCUUGGUGUUGACGGCAACGAUACGCUGGAGCUUGCCCACUUUGGAACGGGUUGGGACAAGAAAAAGGCAAGCCCAAUCAAGUUCCAUUUCCGGAACAACCAGCUGAAUGCCAGCACGAUUUCUUUUGCCGACAAUCAGCUGAGCGGGGUGGUGGCGGCCGAGGAGGAGGCCAUGGAUGAGCAAUGCUUGGAUUCUGGUGAGCCAGCUCCAGCUGCCGGCCCAGCUAUCAGGGGCUCCAAGCUGCCUGAGCCGCCCUCGGAUUGGCAAGCACAGGCACACAACACGCCGGCCGCAAAGCUACAUGACAAGUAUCAAAGGUCGUUCCCAGAGGUAAUCACCCUGACCGGCUCAGGAGGCGCAGACCCGAACCAUGAUGAUCUCGCCGACUAUGCCAUCAAGGAUGCGGACGGAGACGUUGUUUUCUACGACAUCACAGCAGCAAAGGUCGUGAUGGACAAGCUGCCACUCAAUGUCCCCUGCAAGACCGACUAUCCGGUCACGGUCCAGAUCACAUGUCAGGACAUUGAGCUCGUCCACGACGCCGCCAACAAGGAGGCGAUCCUCCCGCUGGUGCGCUUCAACGUCGCCAGCGGACAUCCGUCGGAUCAUCCCGCGAGUCCCGGCACGAACGGCAUGCAAGGAGAUGCGGGAUACGCCGGCGGACGUCUCCGUCUGGCGGUUGCUGGGGAGUGGCUCGGCACCACGCAGGUCCUUACGAGUCCUGUUAUGGGAGUCAGCGUUCAGUACCGGGGCGGGCACGGCGGUAAUGGACAAAAGGGCGGAGCGGAGACACAGCCGAAGAGCGGCGGGCUUGUGGUCAUUCUUGAACCUGUCAAGGGAAGCCUUGAUGGAUCUGGGGACGGAGGCGAUGCCGGAGAGCCUGGAACAGUGCCCGACUCUGAGAUUCUUGCUGUGGCUGGUAAGUGGCCGCAGGGAUGGAAAGUCCAGCUCGACCUGGGACAGCCGGGGACGGACAGCGAGUUUGGAAGGCCCGGCGCCGUUGGUAAAGGAGGCGGAUUCAGCAUCGAUAUGGGCGGCGACUUUAUGCCCAGCGACAAGUUCAUGUUUCACGGGACCAAGUUCUCUGGGGCGGAUGGGAAGCCGUUUGAUCGGUCAAAGGCGCAGUUUCUCAAGGCUCAGGCCAAGUUGACGAUGGUGGCGACGGAGAGCGAGAUGCUGUCGCUCAUGGCGCCAGUUGAUUGGAGGUAUUUGUCUUGA